AUGGGACUGAAUCUAAGCGACUGUGAUUUCAUCAGCUGUGAAAAGGAAUCAGAAACAUCUAGCGUCUUUCAAGUAUCCUUGCAAGGACGACGAUGUCUCAUGAAGGUGUAUCAUACCAUAGAGAAGCAGCCGUGGCAUCCUACGUACAGAGAAGUUGACCCCUUCCUCUGCGAGAGUGCCGCAUAUCAAGGGGUUGUCCUGGAUUUCUAUGGGGUGAUCGAGCAAAUAGACCCCCUUCAAUGGCAACCUCACUUAAAUCGUUUCCUGAAGGACAAACUUCUUCCAAAUGCUGUUCUACUGGAGUUUAUUCCAAAUAUUAAGCAAAUAGAUCUUGCUACCUACACCGAAGACCGUGCUGCUGCUCUUUUGCAAAUUAUUCAUCAAAUCCAUGACGCUGGAGUUUGCCAUGGCGACCCAUAUCCUCAGAAUAUGGUAGUUCAGCCAGAGACAGGCAGAGUGCUCUGGAUAGAUAUUUAUCGCGCUCAAACUGUUUUCGAGGGUUCUAUUACCGAUAGACAACGUGACUGGAUAGAAGACGAUGCAUUAAUGGCCUCUGAGCUACUAGACCUUCUGGCAAAGGAUGUUAAGCUUGGACAGCUUUUUCAUGCAUGGGGUUAUUAUUACCAUUAUUCAUGA